AUGAAUCGUCAUUCCGCUAGAGAAUACUCUAUCUGGAAUAUGCUACACUAUGGUAAGGGAAGGCUCCCUGACGACGAUAGCGAAGAUGAAGAAUCGGAGGUCGGCGUUUACGAUGAGAAAAUGGCAACAGAAGAACCUGUAACCGUUGAGGUCGAUCAUGACAAGAAGAAGUGGCUCAGAAAGUUGACAUUAGCUUUGACCAUCCUGAUUGGAAUUUUUUACUUGGUUUUGAGCAGUAAGGGUGGAGUUCUUGAUAAUCACCUAACCCAUAUCCAUGAUAUGGCUCUUGUGGAAGAGCAUGCUGGUGCAAGACCAUGUCAUGCCGCUGACUUAUUCAAUGAUGCUCAUGAGAAUAAAGCUUCUUUGAAGACUAGUUCUAGCCCAAAUACCGACUCUGGUCACAGUUCUGGUCAUGGAUUCAAAGAACACGAGAAAGAUAAGUUUGAUCAUAAGGAAGCUGCACCUCAUCAUAGGCCCGAGAGCUCCGAUGAGAUGGUUCAUGAGUCUAAAAAUAAGGAAGAUGGUUCACAUGAUGAAUCUGGAUGGAAAGAACAUCACAAGUUUGAUCACAAGGGAAGACCUCACCACAAACCAGAAGACUCUGAUGAGCUGGCUCAUGAAUUUAAGCAUAAGGAACACGGCUCUCAUGAGUCUGAUCAUGUAACAAGCCAUAAGCCAAGCUUCUGGGAAAAAUUUGUUGAUUUAAUGCCUGGGUGCAAAACCAAGGAGGAGCAUAAAGAAAAGCUGAUGCACCAUUUCAAAAACAAGGUUGCACAUAAAUCUGGCCACGGGUCAUCCCGUCAUUCAUAUGAUAGGCACAGAUCAAAGCACUCUUUGUUCAAUUCUUUAAGAUUAUUGCCGGCUCAGAUACAAAGCUCUAAUUCUCCUAGGGAAGUUAUAGAGGUGAGCUAUCCCUUUGACCCAGAGUUGAAAUAUGGUAAAGUUGUGUAUUCUUCUGUUUUGGUAAACCAUUCCUUCGGUAACUCUUAUGGGCAUCCUUUCCAAGGUAAAUUUUCGCCACCAAAAGAUAUUGCUUUUAACCGUGCUGCGAUAACUUUGAACACUACCGUUUCAGGAGUGCAGUAUGACAGAUUAGCGAACUUAUUUGUAAACGGUGUUGAAGUGUGGAGGACUUCUACGAUUGAACCAGGAAGAGAUACUGCAUUCUCGAGCUUCAAGAAGGAUAUAACUUCAUAUGUUAACCUAUUCAAAGAUGAUGCUGAUAUAUUGUUCGAGUUGAAUAAUCUCCUAAACCACAAAUUGACAGGUUCGUUCGAUAUUCUUAUGACGAUUGACUUCUAUUUUGAUCCUUCGGGAGAACUGUUUAAGCCCGAAGCUGAUGCUGAAGACUUGGGUGAGAAGUAUGAGUUGUUUUCUGUUCGUAGGCCGGCAGACAAGGUGUUACCAAUAACAGUUAAAGACGAAUACAAGAACGCUCAUUCUCAUUAUCUUCCUAAUGAUAAAGUUUCUAUUCAGUUGCCCAGUUUGUCAGCUAACACGACUAGAUUGUUGUUAUCUGUCGUAGCUUCAGGAAAUGCUGACGAAGAAUUCUGGUACACAAACGUUAUAGAUAGAUUGAAGCAUGCCUUUCACAAAAGAGAUGUACCAUUAUUGGGCCAUGGACCCAUGAGAUAUGUCAAUGUUUAUCUCAAUGGAAAGAAAGUGAGUGUUCAAGUACCUGAACCAGUCAUAUUCACUGGUGGCAUUUCUCCUGCAUUUUGGUCAGCUACAGUUUCAACCGAUACUUUCGAUGUUCCAUCAUAUACUUUCGAUCUUAGUGGGUUGUUACCCUUACUUUGGGAAAGUAAUUAUGAUCCAAGUGAAGUGAACUUGUCUAUUGAAAUAACAAAUGGGUUAACCGAGCUCGGUAAGCAAGAAGGGCCAAUGGUAGGACACAAUUGGAUCACAACCGCUCAUUUAUUGACUUAUGAAAAUGAUCAAGUUUUGAAGUCUACUGGAGAAGUUAUAAAUAUUGACGAUACAAAGAAAUCAAAUGUUGUUGCUAUACACCCUCCAUCUACAGGUACUUUGCAACAGGUUGUCGAUGGUAAGUUUGGUGCAGAAAUUUCAAGUAACUUAGUGUUUACUCUUAGAGAUGGAUCUGUGUUGAAUACGACUUUCUCAUUUGUUACGAACGCCUCGACCUCAAAUGUGCAAAGCUAUUCUGGAUAUGGUGUUCGUCAGAACAUAGUACAUUCCAGUACUUCUAAGCUGCUUUUGAGUAUCAUUGAUAACAACUCAAAGAAGCCGGUCUUAAUAUUCCGUAACAGAUUGAAUUAUCCUUUAGUACUUUCUCUGACCGAAGAGAAUAGAAGCACACCGGAUGAAUUGAGAUUGCAUUAUGAUUUUUCUCUUGUGCAUAGCAAAGAUGAAAGAAUGCUAAUUAAUGAUAAAACUAUAGUUGCAAUUGAUAGACCUCAAAAUGGUACCUCAGAAUUUCUUCUUGCUCCCAGUGGUAACCAUGGUCUGGGAAAGAUUGAUACUAAAUACAAGUUGAAAGUAUCGUCUCCUGAUAAUUCUAAGCACUACUUAAGAGCAGUCAAAGCGGUAAAUGGAACCGUAACGAAUGAUGAUACCUCCGAUUGGACCGAUUCUUUACCUGGAAAAUUUACCAUGAAACUUACUGAUGAAACAAACCAUUAUGAUAUACUUCAACAAGCGUUCACUACCUUUGGUUACAAUUUCGACUAUGAAAAUGGACAUGGAACUCCAGCCUUGAAUGACGAGGCUGUUGAAUUGAAAGCCGAUGAAUGGAGCAAAAAAGCUCCUCAUUCAAGGGAGAGAAAGUUCAAGAAAUUGAUUAAACCGAGAAGACAUUGA